GGUGUUUAUUUGGCUCUGUUUCUGUUUCCCCGUCGUGUUCGCUCGCGUAGACAUGGCUGUGGAUACUUACGCGUCGUCGAACCCUAAUGAGGUUCAUGAGGAUGUUCUUCAGAAAGCUAGAGAUGCUUGCUACAAGGCCAGAGAUGCUUUUUACUCUUGUCUUGAAAAGGAAUCUGGUAAAAAGCCAACUGAAAUCGCGACCGUGGGUCUUCUCUACCCGAAGGAGUGUAGCAAUUCUAGAACCCAAUUCGUCAACAACUGUCGCUCCUCUUGGGUGAAGCAUUUCGAUAGGGAGUACUGUAGGAACAAGAGAGUUCAAAGGCUGUUGGAUGAUGGAGAUGAGAGGAAAGGUCCAAUGUCACUUCCUCAGCCUUACACUUUCAAGCCUUCUCCUUCAACUUAGUUUCCUUCCUUU